CUCCCAUAUCCAAGUACACUCACCACCUCCCCUUUUUUGUUUUUUUCACUCCAAAACACAACACACACACACACAAAUUCACACACUCUCGAGUUUCGAAGAAAAGAUGGUGCUUUCCAGUUCUUGGCUUCUUUCUCUUAUUAAAGUUACGCUCAUGUCGGCUGGUGUGUUAACCUUUGCUUUGUUUUGUAAGGUUUCUGUUCCAAUGAUUAUGGAUUUUUCAGCCUCUAAAACUCCUGUUCUUUGGAGCUCCUUCCUUUCUUGGCUCAAACCUCCCUAUCUUUAUAUAAUAAUCAACUGUAUUAUCGUCGGUAUUGUCGCUUCGUCGCGCUUUUUUAAAUUCGAUGACGUUCCGACUGAAUCGCCUUCAACCCCGUCGGAUCGUACAGUUUACGACGAAAUCAGGAUGCAGUCUGAGUACGGUGGUGUGAAUUACGAGCAGCGGUUGCAGAGAGUGGAGGAAGAGAGCGAGCCUCCGCUUUUUAUGGAGAAGAGGUUGUGGUUAGUGGUGCUUAUCCGGUGGAGGUUGAUCAUAGAGAUGCUACGUGGCCAACAGAAACCUCUUGUUUCUGCUCGUUUCGGUCACCGGAAACCGAUUAAAGCCAGUCCUGAAGGUGGAAGGGCGCUGAGGGUGACGAAGCCAAAACGGAACGAGACUCUGGAGAACACGUGGAAGGCGAUAACGGAUGGACGAGCAAUGCCGUUGACGAGGCACUUGAAGAAAUCAGACAGGUGGGAGAACCAUGGGCAUCAGGUGAACGUGGAACCAUCUCCGGUAAAGAAGUUGGAGACGUUCAAGGACAGGACCAACUACCAGUCGCCACCUUUGAGCAAGUCUCCGGGAAACGGUGGGAAGAUAAGAAAAGAGCCGUCACUGAGCCAGGACGAGUUGAAUCGCCGAGUAGAGGCGUUCAUCAAGAAGUUUAACGAAGAGAUGAGGUUACAGAGACAAGAGAGCUUGAAACAGUAUCAAGAGAUGAUUAGCCGUGGAGUAUAGUAGAAUCGUAGUUUUACAGAAAAAUGAAAUUGGUAUAAUUAAUUUAUUUUGACGGGCGUAUUAUAUGGUUCAAAAUUAUGAAUGAAUGUUUGUAAAUUAAAAAAGAAAAAAAAAAGUUGCUUGUAAUUUGUAAUUAUUUAGUGUUCUUUAAUUCAUAUAUUUAAUUAUUUUUUAUUAUUUAUAUAAUUUGUGAACCGAAAUGUUUUGAAUUAUAGUUGUAUAUAUUUUGAAAAUAGUCAUUUAAGUCUGGAAAAUCUAUUCA